UUGUGGUGUCCUUUUCAGAACGAUUCGACCCGGACUCGAACCAUAAUUGGGAGGGGGAAAAGGGGAAAAGGUACGGACACCCAAAAACCCAUUAGAACGAUUAGGGCAAAGUUUGCUUUCUUAACAUCCAAAUCCGAUGCGGACCGGUCCAUCCGAGUAGUUUCGUGUGUAACACUUUCGCACCACAAUUGCCCAUCUUAACCUUACCGCAGCAACCGGCAUCACGCGGUGGCCGAAAAUGGUGUUUCCGGCGGCGUCCGCACUCACGCAUUCAACUUUUAUCGUUGCAUCGUCUAAAUACCAAGUCCGUCAACUCCAUAGUUCCUUUCUGAUUAAUGUCCGGAAGCAACAUGUUCCAGUCAUGUGUUCUGCAAAAGUUCCAUGGAUGGAACAUUUUCACAAGUCAACUGAGCUUAUUGUUUUCUUGAAUUAUACCAAGGACAAAUUAUGGGAAUUCAUCCCUGGUUCAGUUAAACAAUUUCCUUGGAAGAAAGCAGAGAGCAUUGCACUGCAUGAAUUAGUGAUUUUAGGGAAGGAGACAUUGAAGUGGUGUUUACUUGCAUUCUUGGCAUUCAGUUGCCUAUCUGAUUUCUUUUACUCUAUCUCUAGAAACAAAGAGUUGCUGAUACCUUUCGGUCUUUUUGUUGGAUGUCUAACCACCAACUACUUGGACAAGAUAUCUCAAGAAUUCUUGCGUGACCACAAGGAUGGAAAUACUACCUGGAUACUUGUUGGCAUAUCUUGCUUUUUUGUUCUUGUGAAGGUUAUUUCGGGAGGAAAUGAUUUUCUCUUGCACGCUGCAAAUGGCGGACUGAUGCAAGUCCUCUGGAACUGGAAAAACUUGCCAAAACUAGAUGGAGAAAAAUCUUUGCUGGAAGAUGCCUCAACCAUGUCCAAUGCAGAUGGUUAGAAUCACUGUUUAAACAUAGUUAACUUCCAGCUUUUGCAUUCUUGAGGCAUGUCUUCUUAGGAAUGCAUAGAACUUGAGUCAUGAGUAUGGAGUUCUAUAUGGGCAUCACUCGCCAUUUUUAGUGUAUAACUAGAGUUGUUGCGUCUUGCUACCAUUCUUCAUACAGAGAUAACCAAACACAACUGGUUACCAGUGUACUUGGCCCUUCAUAUAUAGGCCUCUUUCUAUGUAAAAGUAUGCUUCUUUUAA